GCAGCCAGACGGACCAGGGGAGGUCUGACGACAGCAGCUCCUUCUCAGAGCUCAGAACUGAUCUGCAACCACAGCCUCACUCUGAAAGUUUGGAAACGCAGCAUGGCAGGAACGUCCAGGAGGUCCAGGAUGGAGGGCUGCAGGUCCACAGUGUUGUAGCUCACAGAAGAGGAGCACAUUUGAGGACUGAGUUCACCUGUGGUUUCUGAUUCUGAUAUGAUGCCGUGGAGCCACUUUGGUCGGCAGCUGCUGUCGCUGGCGGCUCUUCUGGUGAUUGUAAACUGUGGAGGAGAUCAGCGGAGGGAAAGCAGCAGCAGCAGCAGCAGCAAUAACAACUACAGCAACAGGCGCUUCCAUAAGAUCCAGCAUGGCCAGUGCACCUACACCUUCAUCCUGCCCGAAGCCGACGGGGCUGCCGGGUCCUGCAGAGAGGCCAAAGCCAGCAGCAGCAGCUCCCAGUACGAUGCCAACUCUCUGCAGAGAGACGCUCCGCCGGAACCCGAGUUCCCCAACCAGAAGAUCCAGCAGCUGGAGCACAUCAUGGAGAACUACACCCAGUGGCUGCAGAAGAUCGAGAACUACAUCAAGGAGAGCAUGAAGACGGAGAUGGCUCAGCUGCAGCAGAGCGCCGUCCACAACCACACGGCCGCCAUGUUGGAAAUGGGAACCAACCUUCUUUCUCAGACGGCCGAACAAACACGGAAGCUAACGGAUGUCGAGACUCAGGUUCUGAAUCAAACGUCCAGACUUGAGAUCCAGCUGCUUGAAAAUUCUCUUUCCACCAACAAGUUGGAGAAAGAGUUGAUGGUCCAAACCAAUGAAAUCAGCAAACUGCAUGACAAGAACAGCCUGCUGGAGCAGAAGAUGCUGGACAUGGAGGUCCGUCACCGGGAGGAGCUGGAGACCUUGAGGCAGGAGAAGGGAAGCCUGCAGACCCUGGUGGGCCGACAGAGCGGAGUGAUCCGAGAGCUGGAGGCCCAACUGAGCCGGGCCACGGGGAACAGCACGGCCCUACAGAGGCAGCAGCAGGAGAUGAUGGACACCGUCCACAACCUCCUCAACCUCUGCUCCAAAGACGGAGUGGUUCCAAACAGCACGAAGGUCGUGGACGAAGAGAAGAAGUUCAGAGACUGUGCCGACCUCUACCAGGACGGUUUCCAUAAGAACGGCGUCUACACCAUUCACAUCAACCAGCAGGACACCAAGAAGGUGUAUUGCAACAUGGAAACAGCCGGCGGCGGGUGGACGGUGAUCCAGCGGCGGGAGGACGGCAGCGUGGACUUCCAGAGGACGUGGAAGGAGUAUAAGAUGGGCUUUGGGAGCAUGUCUGCAGAGCACUGGUUGGGUAAUGAGUACGUUUACCAGCUGACCAGCCAGAGGCAGUACGCCCUCCGAGUGGAGCUGACCGACUGGGACGGACAUCAGGCCUUCUCCCUGUACGACCGCUUCCAGAUCGGCAGCGAGAAGCAGAACUACAGGUUGUUUCUGAAGAGCCACAGUGGGACUGCCGGCCGACAGAGCAGUCUGGUGAUCCACGGAGCCGACUUCAGCACUAAGGACAUGGACAAUGACAACUGCAUGUGCAAGUGUGCCCUCAUGCUAACUGGCGGUUGGUGGUUCGACGCCUGCGGUCCGUCCAACCUCAACGGGAUGUAUUUCACUCACGGCCAGCAUGUGGGGAAGCUGAACGGCAUCAAGUGGCACUACUUCAAAGGACCGAGCUACUCGCUGAAGGCCACGGCCAUGAUGGUGCGCCCGCUGGACUUCUCCUAGUCCUCACCUUCACUUCCCGUUCAGCCUCACCUGGAGGCGUCCAGCCGAUGUUUCAUGGAGGAGCUUUUAAACUCACGGACUGACAGGAAGCAGCCGUGAGGACGAAGACGUGAAGGACCUGAACUGGUUAAACUGAGCUCAGGUUGCCGGGGCAACGAGCGGCGCCGAUAUUUUUACAUCGUCAACUGAACUCUUUGAGCAGCAGAGACUGAAAACCUGCAGGACAGAAAGAUUUUUUUACUCAAACGUUGCAGAAGCAUAAAUACUGCGACUGUGUUAUAUUUUGUGUAUCGUUUUUGUGUUUUGUUAUCCCAGCAGUACCCAAAGUGAAUGAAUGGAUGUGUUUUGUACUGAACAGUAACGGUCCUGCAGUCGGUAAGAAUUACGGUAAUUAUAAACUUUCUGCUCUGACCGAGUGAUUAUUGUUUCUGGAGCUCCACAUGUGAGGUUAUUAUUGGACUCUCUUUGUCUCCUGGCCGAGAAACGACUCAAACCUGCCAAAGUUCAGACGGUGAGCGAUCGUCUUACCUCCAGAAAAGACGAGGACAUUCAUUCAGAUUAACGGUGUGACGGCAGCAGGACGCAGAAAACUGUGAUCUACGAGGUUUUCCACCCCACAGGAAGAACGUUUACUGUGUACACAUGCAGUAAAACUUACUUUGGUCUAAGUUUUGCUCCUCUUUGUGUCAUUUUCAUGUCAGUUUAGCAUCUUUCUCUGUCAUUUUUGUGUCUCUCUGUGCAAUUUCUGCUUCUUUUUUGGUCAUUUUGCCAUCUUUCGUGCCUCUUUUUUGUCUUUUAGCGUUAUUUUAUCACAUCAUUGUGUCAUUUUGUGUGUGUUUUCUUGUCUUUGUCAUUUUAGCAUCAUUUCUGUUACUUUUGUGUCUUCCUGUGUCAUUUUUAUAUGACUUUAGAGUCUUUUGUGUUUUGUUUGUGCCAUUUUUGCUUUCUUUUUGAGUCUUUUUCAGACAUUUUCGUGUCUUUUUGUGUCACUUUUGCAACACAACACAUCAUUUUUGUCUUUGUGUUCCAUUUUAAUGUCAUUUUAGCAUCUUUUGUGUCUCUUUUGUGUCAGUUUGGCUUCUUUUUGUGUCUUUUUAUGCCAUUUUGUUUGUUUUUGUGACAUUUUCAUGUCAUUUUAGCAUCUUUUGCAUUUCAUAUGUGUCAUGUUUACCCCUUUUCGUGCCAAUUUUGCUUCUUUUUUGUCCUUUUUGCUGCUUUUAUGUCAUUUCAUAUCAUUUUAUCUUUUUUCUGUCAUUUUGCUUCUUUUUGUGUCUUUUUAUCAUCUUUUGUGCCUGUUUUAUGCCCUUUUGUAUCUUUUUUUGCGUUAUUUUAACACAUUUUUGUGCGUUUUUUCUUGUCCUUAUGUCAUUUUAGCAUAAUUUCUGUCACUUUUUUGUCUUGUUAUGUCAUUUUCAUGUCAUUUUACCAUCUUUUGUGUCUUUUUGUGUCAUGAAAGCAUAAAUUCUGUCACUUUUGUGUCUUGUCAUUUUUGUCAUUUUAUCAUCUUUUGUGUUUUGUUUGUCAUUUUUGCUUCCUUUUUGAGUCUUUCUCUGACAUUUUCAUGUCUUUUUGUGUCUUAGUGUGUCACUUUUGCAACACAACACAUCAUUUCUGUCAGUUUUUUGUCUUUGUGUUCCAUUUUCAUGUCAUUUUAGCAUCUUUUGUGUCUCUUUUGUGUCAAUUUUGCUUCUUUUUGUGUCUUUUUGGGCCAUUUUUGCUUCUUUUGUGUCACUUCAUGUCAUUUUAGCAUUUUUCUGUGUCAGUUUCCUUCUUUUGUGUCUUUCUGUGCCAUUUUCUUUUUGUAGCUCACAGAUAAACAGUUUAAGGAGGGUUGGAAAUCCAAUAAUUCUUUAUGUUUUACCGGUCUCUGGCUCUGAUGAGUGGUGUCAUUUUGGCUUCUUUUUGUGUCUCUCUCUGUGAUUUCUGUGUCUUUUUUGUCAUUUUUCCUCUUUUUUGCCUCUUUUGUGUCAUUCUGUUGUCAUCUUAGCACAUUUUUGUGCUUUGUGCUUCAUUAAAUGCUUAUAUUAAGCCGACGUCUCAUGAAAACUGAGGUUGGGGGUCGUUUCGUCGUGUCGGAUUCAUCGUGUUUCCACAUCAUUAAUCACAUCCAGAACAUUAUGAAUCCAGUUUCUGUUUCCCAUCAGCGUAGAAAGCGGGGGAAAAAAGAAGUUUGGACACAAGGCAUGAAAUUAACGAUUCCACCGACUGAUCCGUGUGAACACGUAUUUCACAACAACACAAUCUACUGUGGAGGUACGAGAUAAAGUGUAUCUGGAGCCUGUAAAAGUACAAUUGACAUGUUUAUUAUCGCACUAAGAGGCUGUAAUUUAACAGCAGGGAAGAAAAAGAAGAAGAAAACGUGUAAGUUGGAGUAAUAACCUGGAAAAAUGUGCUCCGAUAACUCUGCUUUUACCUCACUACGUUGUGCAGAUUUAUUUAAACCUCUUUCCUAACAUGUGGUCAGUUUUGUGUUGCUGGAUUGAAUAAAGGAGCAUGAGAUGCACUAAUGUUUUCA